AUGCACUCGUAUAGCGCCAAUACCACCACGAACCACAAAAGCAGUGCGCCAGUGCGCCAGUGGUUUUGGCAUUCAGUUACCAUUGAGCCGAGCGCCAGAAUGGCGACCACCACACUGAGAACUCUCGACCCCAAGCUGGCCGCUCUGGCCAAGAGCGAGUGCAACGAGGAGCAGGGCCAGCGAUCGGAGAUUAUAGCCAGCAUUCAGACAUGGAUCACCAAGUCGCCGCAUCUCAAGGCGCCCACGGAUGAGCGGCUCAUCCUGGCCUUUCUGCGGCGUUGCCGUUUCAGCCAGGAGGAGACCAAACGGCGAUUCGACAACUACUACUCCCUGCGCAGCGUGUUCCCGGAGGUUCUGGGAUCACGACAGGUGGACGAGGCGCUGCUCACCCAGCUGCAAAGAGGAAUCCAUGUGAUUCCCAUGCGACCUGUGAGUUCCGAGGGGCCCAGGGUUAUCAUUUCGCAGUUUCGAAACAUCGAUCCGAAGAAGUCGAAUCCCCGCGAGGCUUUCAAACUCGUCUUCAUCAUGCUGGAACUACUGGCACUGGAGUGCGACAAUGCCUCGAUUGCCGGACUCGUUUGGGUUGUGGAUGCCAGAGAUGUGACCAUGGAGCAGAUGGUGCAAUACGAUCCCUUCCUGCUGAAGAAGGCAUUCGCGCUGGUGGACCAAUGCAUACCACUCCGCUUCGUGGAGAUUCACAUGAUCAAUAUGCGCAAGGAGGGCCAAACCAUUUUCAAUUUUGUGACCAAGUUUUUGCCCUCCAAGCUGCCCUUCAAGUUUGUGGUGCACAAAAAGUCGGAGGAUCUGUACCAGCAUCUGCCCAGAGAUGCGAUGACCAUCGAGUAUGGCGGCACCAACGGCUACCAUGCGGAGGCAGUCGAUCAUUGGCGCCAAAAGCUGCUGGACAGCAAGGAUUACCUGGCCAGGGAUGCCCAGUACGGCACCAAUGAGAAGCUGCGCGUCGGUUUGGCCAGUGCCUGGGCCAAUGGAGAGCUGGACGGGAUGAGCGGCUCCUUUCGCAAACUGGAGCUGGAUUAAGUGACAAGACUCUCUAGUCGUUUUUAAUUACCAUUAUCAU